UGUAACCAGUGGCGCUGCCUGGUGUUGGAAAGCAGCUUCAUAAUAACUGGUAUGACAACACGAGCAAGAAGACACUGGACUUCAGACGUCGGGGAAUAUUUGUGAAGAAAACAGCAAGUUUUUCAAUAAAAUUCUCAUAAUGGAGAUUGAAAUUAUUGGAAGUGGCUCUAAAUCAAUAGCCAAAUUGACUGUAAAUGAUAAUACAACAAUUGGAGACAUAAAAAAAGACUUACACAAGCAGAAAAAAGCACCGUACGUGGCAAGACAAUGUUUAAAAGCUGAACCAAAAGGCAAGUCAUUAUCAGACAGUCAAACAAUAAAAUCUUUAAGCUUAAAAAGCGGUUCAAAGUUAUAUUUCAAAGACUUGGGUCCACAAAUUGGCUGGAAAACAGUCUUCCUAACGGAAUAUGCAGGCCCAUUAGUGGUUUAUUUAUGGGUUUAUACUCGUCCAUGGAUAUUUUAUGGAUCAGUGAAUACUGAAAUGGAUUUUGUUGCUCAUGUUGCUGCUAUUUGCUGGUCAAUACAUUACGCAAAAAGACUUUUAGAAACAUUAUUUGUUCAUCGUUUCAGUCAUGCUACUAUGCCACUUAGGAAUCUUUUUAAAAAUUGCUCAUAUUAUUGGCUCUUCACUAUGUACGUUGCAUAUCACGUCAACCAUCCACAAUACACGCCACCAAGUCAACUAUACUUUCUUAUAGGUUUAGCAAUUUUUGUAAUUUGCGAGUUAGGUAAUCUUAGCAUUCAUUUAGCUCUAAGAGACCUUAGACCGCCUGGUACUAAUGUUAGAAAAAUUCCCGUUGCUACGGGUAAUCCAUUUACUGCUUUGUUCAAUUUUGUUUCUUGCCCUAAUUACACAUAUGAAGUCGGCAGUUGGAUUGGAUUUACUCUAAUGACUAGAUGUCUUCCAGCUGGAUUAUUUAUGUUUGCUGGCGCUUACCAAAUGACAAUAUGGGCCCUAGGAAAACACCGUGCGUACAAAAAAGAGUUUCCUAAUUACCCCAAAAAUCGUACAUCAAUCAUUCCAUUUGUUCUUUAGAUUCUUCAUUGUUUAAAUAAUUAUAUUAUCGUUGAUCAAUAUUUUAAAUUAUUGUAAACUAUUGCGGGAUUUGUUAAUUUUUUUCAACUACUAUCUAGUACCUCAGAAAUAUGACUUGUUUUAAUGAUUAUCUUGCUCAAAUCUAUUUAAAAUCUUGUUAACUCUAUUGAAACAAACUCAAAAAGCUUUAUAAAUUCUUUUAAAGAACCUAGAAAAUUAUGAAAUUUUAUUAUUUUAAAACAAUGAUUUAGUUAUAAAUACCUAUGAUUUUUACAAGUUUGUUUCAUUGAGAAAAAUUUCAUGAUUAAUUUCAUAUUAAGAAACAGAUUUAAGGAAAUUAACCGUUAGAACAAUCAUUUUGGUAUGAGAGUAGAUUUUUUAAUAAGAAUUUUAUAAACAAUUUCAAUAAAUAUUUCUCAUAGUUAUUAAAGAUUCGUAAUUUAUACUAAAAGUAAAUUGCCUUAUAAAUGAUCACCAUCCAAAUGAUGAAUGUAAAAAGUACUUUCAACUUCAAACCUCUACUCUUACUGAAUAUUCUUCAAUAUUGCUUGAAAUAAAGAAAGCAUUAAUAUUG